AUGAGGCCCAGGACGGGGCAGGUGGGCUAUGAGGCCCGCAGGGGGCAGAGGCCUGGCUUCAGGCAGCACUGGCCCCUGAUGCUGCUGGGCCUGGCCGUGGGCACCCAUGGCCUGCUGUCCUCUUCCACGGCACCUCGCAGCAGGGCUCCAAGCGCUGGAGCCCCGACAAGGAGCAGCCCCAGGAGCCUGUGGGACAGCAGGUUCCCGUUCAGGACUGGCCCCCAGGGGACGGGCCCCAGGUGCUGGCCCGGCGCGUUUUGGUCGGAUCUUCAGUCACCGUGGUAUGUCUUCAGCAGCGGGACGCAGCUCAUCGUCCUGGGUCAGCCCACGUCCGCGCCCUCGGUCACUCUGUUCCCGCCCUCCCCUGAGGAGCUCCAGACCAACAAGGCCACCCUGGUGUGUCUCAUCAGUGACUUCUACCCGGGCAGCGUGACGGUGGCCUGGAAGGCAGAUGGCAGCCCCGUCACCCAGGGCGUGGAGACCACCGCGCCCUCGAAACAGAGCAACAACAAGUACGCGGCCAGCAGCUACCUGAGCCUGACGCCCGACAAGUGGCGAUCUGGCGGCAGCUACAGCUGCCAGGUCACGCACGAGGGGGGCACCGUGGAGAAGGCAGUGGUCCCCGCAGAGUGUUCCUAG